AUGGGAAAGUCGUCAAAAGAUAAGCGAGAUGCGUACUACCGACUGGCAAAAGAAGAAGGAUGGCGGGCACGAUCUGCAUACAAGUUACUGCAACUAGACGAAGAAUUCAAUUUGUUUGAAGGCGUCACCCGAGUCGUGGAUCUCUGUGCUGCACCAGGAAGCUGGAGCCAAGUGCUAUCCCGUGUGCUCAUUAAGGGAGAAAAAUUUGGACGGGCGGGAUGGCAGGAGAAGCAGGCUUCGACACGGAACUAUGUUUUGGGUGCGGACAAGAAGAAGGAAGAUGGUGCCGACGUAGAGAAAAAGGAACCGGAUGUUGGGGUCAAGGAAGAGAGAUGGAAGCCAAGAGAAGGAGUACGGAUAGUUGCGAUUGAUUUGCAGCCCAUGAGUCCGCUGGAAGGUGUCACGACGAUGCGUGCAGAUAUUACACAUCCUUCAACGAUACCCCUUAUGCUCAAGGCGCUCGAUCCCGAUACAUAUGACCCCAAGGCCACGAGUGGCUCCUCGCCUGUGGACCUGGUGAUUUCCGAUGGGGCGCCCGACGUCACCGGUCUCCACGACCUCGAUAUUUACGUGCAGAGCCAGCUCCUGUGGGCAGCGCUCAACUUGGCCCUGUGCGUGCUCAAGCCCGGCGGCAAGUUUGUGGCCAAGAUCUUCAGAGGCAAAGACGUCGAUUUGCUGUUUGCACAACUGAAGAUUGUGUUUGAGCGGGUGCGCGUGGCCAAGCCGAGGAGUAGUCGGGCGAGCAGCAUAGAAGCGUUUGUCGUGUGCGAGGGCUUCUGUCCUCCCAAAGGGUUCACAGCCAGUCUGGACAAACCGCUUGGCGCGGGCACGCAGCUGCCCACACCACGAGCACCCGCUCCGUGCGAUGCGCCCAGACCAGAAAGCAGGGUCUCGCGAAAAGUCAGGGAUGACGGGGCAAUCGAGAUUGAUCUUGGCGACGAGAGCGAAGACCAGGAUGAUGUUGAAGAAGGAGGUCAGCGGUGGAUCGCGCCGUUUCUGGCAUGUGGUGACUUGUCGGCUUACGACUCUGAUGCUACAUAUCACUUGCCCAAGGACAGAGUCAGUCUGGACCCUGUGCAGCCUCCUACAGCACCGCCGUACAAGAGAGCGCUGGAGAUGCGGAAAUUGGCCGGGGGUGCAUACGGGAAGACAAAGGGUAGGGCUGAGCAGACAGCAUCGUAGUUGAGAUUGAGUAGGCAGUACCUAGACUACCGUGACAAGGGUAUAUGUUUGUUUCAUUUCUGCCAUGACAUGACUUGGGGGCUAGUGGAUAAUCAUCGUUCGGCAUACAUGGCAUGUUUGUUGCAUAGGUAUUGACUACAUGGUGGCACGAUGUAAGCAAUAUCCAUCUAUGCUAUACUCG